UCAACAACUCAAGGGUAACAAGCUGUCAUUUUGAUAACUGCCGAAAACUAGUAUGUACAACAAUAACCAAUAAGUACAUAAAUGGGUCACGAGGAACUAUAUUUGAAUCCAAGUGAGGUGUUCAACAUCAUCAGUUUAACUGUAUUAGACACAGAAUAAUCUUUUAUUUGGGUCGAGUUUGCUCAAUGUUUGAGACGCCAGUGCAGUGGUGACAAGGACCGAUUAUUUCUACACUCGUAAUUAUCACCAAAGAACUCUAUAGGGUAAACAACAUCAUAUUUGCAACUUCUGUGUAUAGUGUUUAUUGAAAAACAUGUGACAGGAGACCAGAGGUUUAAGGGUUGUGUAUCAUUUCUAGGUCGUGGAUCUUUUGUAGGAUCAAAGGUUCAUGAACGAGUUACGGAUGAAGGUUCGAAAAAAAAUUACAAAAGAAAUUAUCGGAAACAGGAAAUUAAAUCUCAAUCAAUUCCAACACUUUGGAAUCGUGAGGAUCUCAUGGUCCUGGAAAGGAGCAUGGAACCUUUUGCUAUAGAACAGGAGUUUUUUGAAUAUACAAACUCUCUUCUGCAUCCCAAAAAAUACUUCUCACAUCUUUACCAGGGGAGUGUUCCCGAAUUUGAGAACAAUUUCCCAGCCUCUUGCACAGAGUCAUAUAAAGUGGUCCAGACAGCUCAGAGCCUGCAAAGGCCAUCCAAGUCCUCUCUGGGAUAUCGCUACGGACUCAGUGUUGGUCAGCUGAUUGAGAGAAUCAACAAGAAGGUUGAAGUCAGUGAACUCGAUAUCACAGAAGGAAAUUGUGAAAUAAGACCUUCGACUCCCCAGUCAGUGGAAAAUCCAAACACGCUAAUUACAGACAUUAAGACAUUGCUGUCAGUUGAGACGGACAAUAUAAGUGAAUCGAAGAGUAGGGAGGAAGUGCCCGACAGUACUGCAAUGACCACCGAAGGGGCUUUAAAGAAGGAGCGACGCUGGGCCCUCGGAACCCGCAAUCCCUGUCAAGUCUGCGGGGACAAAGCGGCUGGGUUUUACUGCGGAGCUUUUGUUUGUGAAGCUUGCAAGAAAUUCUUCAUGAGAGCUUCAAGGCAACAGAAAGUUAAAUAUACAUGUCUCAAGGCAAAGGCCUGUAAAAUCACAAAGGAGAGUCGAGUCCAGUGUCAGUACUGCAGGUUCCAGAAAUGUUUGUCCCUUAACAUGAGUAUACCAAGUCAGAAGGAUGGCCUUAUAAAAGAAGAAAAAGGGAUCAGUAACAUUCCUUGUCAGGUGUGCAAUGCUCCAUCCUCAGGGUUCCAUUUUGGGGCAUUGACUUGUGAAGGAUGCAAAGGAUUUUUCAGACGGAUAGCCAAGGAGAAAGGAAAUAAACAGUAUCGCUGUUCGAAGUCCCAGAACUGUGAAGUUACCACAGGGACGAGAAAUUUAUGUAGAGCAUGUCGCUACCAAAAGUGUCUUGACAUUGGAAUGUCUAUAGAAGCCAGCAGAAUAGGACGACAGCCAAACUCAGUCAAACAUGCCAUUAACCUGGAAUUGCAAAAAGCCAAGAGUUCAGCUGCAUCUAAUGUUAGCAAUAGUAACAUAGACUUUCAGAGUUUGAACAAUCCAGGUCUUGAUUUCAACUCUUUGUCUGAUGUGAACGCUGAUUUAGAAAUGUCAGGAGCAGAUCCAGAUGAAGCGGAGUACUCGGAGUCGGAUCAAUCCAGAGAGUCAGCUAGUCUGGAUCCUGUUACAAUUAAAAUUAAGCAGGAGCCCAUGGAUUUUGAUCUAGAGGGGGAAAGAAAUUGCCAGCACUCAGAUCCUUAUAGAUUGGACAAUGGCAACUCUCUUCCUCAGCCUGCAGUUGAAAAAGAAGCCAAGGCCAUGUAUGAAAGCACAAAAAAGAUAAUUGAUGAAAUCAAUUUUGCUCUGAUAAAAGUCGGCUCAAGAGGUUGUGGGUACAGUGAAUUGGAAAGAUGUGGCUUCAACAAGACAUUAAUCUGGAAGAACCUCUCAAAUGCAUUCAACCUAAAGUCAGGAGAAUUAGUGGCAGCUCUAAAAAUGUUUCCAGUUUUCAAAAUCCUUGAACUAGAUGACCGGAUAACCCUCGUUCAGGACUGCAUAUAUUCUUUGGGUGUAUUAAACUUUUCUCGCAUCUUUAAUGCCGAGACGAAGGAGUACACUUUCUUUGGUUACAACAAGACGGAAGAGAAGACAAUUCUAGAAUUUUUUCCGGAGCUUAAGACCAUUCAAGAGGACUUGUUGUAUGUAGGUGAUUUGAUCAAGACAGUGGCCUUCGAUGAAGUAGAAUUAACUUGCCUUACAGGAUUGCUGGUUUUCAAUCCAGAUGCUCAUAAUUUAAAGAAUAGGGAAAAAGUUGAAGAAUCGCAAAAAUAUGUCAUGUCAUUUUUAGAGGCAUAUGAGGAGAAAAAGUAUAACAAUUGGGAGCUACGCUUUGGAAUGUUGGUUCUGCGAAUUGGAGACUUGAUGAGUCUAAACCAACGCCAUUUUGUCACCAUGAGUAAAAUAUUCCAGUCAGAUCCGAACUUGGAAAUUUCCCAGCUGAUGAGAGAAGUUUACCACCUUAAUCAGAAAUAGAUUGAUACAGUGGUGUAUUAAUCUGCUUGUUGUUUGCACACUGUUCAUAAAACACAUCUGAAGGAAAAAAGACAAUCACAACAGCCAUUAUCAUAGUGUUAACAAUGCAAUCAAUUUGUUGUCCUUUGUUUUUGUUUAAAAUGCUUUUAUUUACCAUCUAGCUAUCCGGUACAGGGAAUAUAUUUUUAAAAGUAUAUAUAUGUAUAUACUCAUCAUAUGUUAUGUACAUUAGCUCUCCCUGAUACCGAUAGUGUGAAAUGUUGUUGUGACUAAUUUUAAUAUAGUGAUUCAUUUACUAAAAGUUGCUCCAAUAAUCUCUUGUGUACAACGAACUUUACUUUAUUGAGAAAAUUAAUGCGAAAAUUUUUUUUUUUUCUUUGCCAGAUGCAUGAAUGCUCAAAAUUUAGCACUUUAUUAAAGUCACUGUGACAAAUGUACCGGUAAUUACAGGAACAUAGAUCAUCAUCUUCUUGAUGAGAAAACCUAAGUAAUAGUUGUUAGAUUUUUAAGUCACCUGAUAUCUUUACACAUACAAAUCACUCUUUGUUUGUGAAACAGCAAGUUGAUCCCACUUUUUCUCAACAUUUGCAUUACUUUCAUAGACAGUUUCGUUUUACUAUAAUCGUGGAUAUUCUCCAGAUAUUAAAAAAUUUACCUCAGAGAAGUAUUGAAAGUGUAUAUACAUCAAUAUUUGUUAAUGAUGCAAUGUGUUCUUUACAUGAACCAGGACAGGAGGUAAAUAACUAAAUGAGAAAAAUGUAAUUUACCUAACAAUUGCUUGAUUUUCACUAGUUGUAUUCUAGAUUCAAAAUAAUUACACCAAGUUUGUUUAAUGCAGAUAAACCCACGGUGGAAACAUCGAAAUUAAUUCAAAAGGCCUUGUGAUCAGUUUACAAUUUUGAUUUCAGGAGGCUGAUUUGGUGUUUUUUUUUUUGUUAUUAAAAAUAUGAUAGCAAAGUUAUUUUUUAACCAUAUGAAAUAUACACCAACUCUAGUGUAUUUGUGAAGUUUCAAGAAAAUCUACUUUAUGGUUCCUUUUAGGGGCCAUCUCAAAAUAGAGGAACAUUUACUAUAGGAAUAUAUAGAAAAUUGUCAUUUUCCACACUUUGUAUGAGAUUAAGAAAUACUACAAUAGGGAUUUUCCUAAAUUUUUAAUAUUUUAUUUAUUUAGUAAUACAAUUUUCUGCCUUAUAUGCAUAAAAUACUGAAUUCUACCAUCUGGUUUUUAGUGGGGGUCUUCUCAAAGUAUUUAAAUGCAACAAAUUCUUCUAUAUAUUUGGAGUAUUACAAAGGUUGGUUGGUACAAUGGAUUCGUUAUAGAAAAUGAAGAAAAAAUAAUCCUUAGGAUAGCGGUAUCCUGUGUGUAAAAUUUAAAAGGUGGACACUUUUUUUUUUCUUUAAAUGUUAUUUCUCGUAGAGUAAUCCUACAAAGCUUCAUUUUAUCAUAACGUAAUUAAUGUCAUAAAAGCACAUUGGAAACGCACUGCUACCAAACAAUGAAACAAAUCAUUUAUGAAUAAAAAAAUUAUCUUUAAAAAAUUUAAGUAUUUUUCCUUUAUUUUGUUUAUUGUGUUCAAUUGAAAAAAUGAUAUGGAAACAAUUUCAUGAAAGGUAUAAAUACACUAUUUUACUAGAAUGUUCAAAAACAUUCGCAAUGAAAACUCAAGUCGGUCUCCUUAAUUGUAUUCAUUACAAAACUUUUAUAGUAAAACAAGGUUAUAGUGAACACACUUAUAAUGAAUUGAUGCUUACAGUGAAGCAAUUUUCAUUCCCCUUGACUUUAUUACAUAUUGUAAAAUUGACGGAUAAAUGAGUUAUGCUUAUAACAAAGUAAAAUCUCCCGUCCCUGGCGCUUCAUAAUAACCGUGUUUUACUGUAUAGGGUUUUAAGCCCUGAACUGGUCUUUAAAGGGACUUUGCACAAUUUGAGCUUAAUUUUUUCUAAAUUUAUUUUUACAUUCUUAAUGUCUAGAAUGGUUAUAUGGAUGUUUUAUAUGCAAAAUUUAAAUGUCUAAUAUGGAGACAAGCGAGUUUCAGAGUUAAGAAAUCUUUGUUUCCUAAACAAAGCUUGAGUCUUGUUAUUGUUUACAUAUGAGUUAUAAGUUUCAAUCUAAUUUGUUGUUGAUAAAAUUAUAUAUGAACACAUUGAAUCAUAUUAUCUUGUUUUAAUUUCAAGUUAGUUUGUAAAAGAAAUGGUAAUUCCUUUACUUUUCAUUAUUUGUAAAGAAAUACCGAUAUUAGACUUGAU